AAUACGUGUGUGUUUGUUGCGACAGCAUGCAUGAAUGCCGGGGUAGUUUCUUUACAAACAGGAGGUCCGAGAUGCGUCUGUAUGCAGCCUCUCUCUGCGAGUCCCAUCUGACAGAGGAAGCCCUCUGAGACCAGCACUGGGCUGCUGUAGUCUUCCCAGCAUUCUCUUGGAUCAGAUCGUCCUGGCUUGGGAUUUCAUUGGUCUUAGUUCAGAUUGCCCUGGUGCAGUCAGGACUGUUUUAGCAUCGGCCUGGACCGAAUGUGGAUCGAUCUGAAUUGGUUUUGGGCUGGUUCCGAGACAUCAAGUCGAGCAGAGGCCAGUCAAGACUGGUUUGGUGCAUGUGGGAGCCAGUUUAAAUGUCUCUGCAUGAGUUUCUUCGGGAGGGUCAGGACGCCCCACAGCGGAUCCUGUCCCGACUGACCCAGCUCCUCUACAACCUAUCGGCCACGGUCUUACAGGGGGUCCCCUUCUCUCCUUUCACAACCUUCAGCCGCAAGAACUCCUGGAGGGACUGGAACGAUGAGAUUAUGCAGCAGGAGAGCAGUCCUCUGUGUGCCGCAGACAUCAGCCUAGACCUCAGGAAACAGUUUGCCUUCCUGUCAGGUGGCCGAGGACAGAAUGGCAGCCCCAUCAUUAUUUUCCCAGAGUACCCGGCGUUUGGUGAGUUGGAGGAACAGGAGUUUCACAACGUGCUGACAUAUCUGACCAGUGUUCCCAGUCUCGGCUCGACGGGGGUCGGCUUCAUCCUGGUCAUUGACCGGCGGCAAGACAGAUGGGCAUCAGUGAAGGGGACGCUGCUGCGAAUCGCGGGCUCUUUCCCAGGCAGCCUGCAGCUGGUGCUGGUACUGAGACCCACUGCACUCUUCCAGCGGACAAUCUCAGACAUCUUUUUUAAGUUAAACAAGGAUGAGUUUAAAAUGAAGGUGCCGGUGAUCAUGCUCAGCUCUGUGACUGAGCUCCACAGUUACAUCGACCGCACACAGCUCACUCAGGAACUGGGCGGCACGCAGGAGUACUGCCACGAGAAAUGGAUUUCACACCGCACCGCCAUUGAAGGUUUUGCUCUGAUGGUGAAGAAAACGGCACAGACUCUCCAGUCUUUUGGGACAGAGCUGGCAGAGACAGAGCUGCCCAAUGACGUUGAGGCCACGUCCAACCUUCUAACCGUCCACACAGCGAAGAAGGACACAAUGAAGGAGGACUUGAGGAUUGCUCUCUGUCAGGGAUCACGUUUGCUGGAGAGCAUCAAUGAGCCGCUGGUGAAAGAUCCAGAUUACACCAUGAACCAUGAUGAACUGGAGAACCUGGCUACUGUUCAGAGGUUGCUUGGGCAGUUAGAUGAGACUGAAACAGCAUUUGAUGAUUUUUGGGAUAAACAUCAAACCAAGCUAGAGCAAUGUCUACAACUGCGGCAUUUUGAACAGGACUUCAGGGAGGUCAGAGCUCAUUUAGACAUGGUGUAUGACAGAGUAUCAGGCUUCUCAGAGGUCGGAAUUAGCCCCGCCCAUGUUGAACAUAUCCUGAAAGAGCUGACCAAUCAUGAAGACAGAGCAUGUGAGGUGUUGGACCGAGCGCUGGCUCUUGCAUGUGAUGCUGACCAGCUGAUUGAAGCAUCUCAUUACGCUGUGGACUCCAUCCUUCCCAAAUGCUCUGAGCUGCGGGCUGUGUGCGAGGAGAUCAGCGGUGUCCUGGAGGCCAAGAAAACUCAUCUGCUCAAAGCCAUGGAGUUACACCAAUGUCUAGAGAAGGCCACUAAAUGGUGUGAUGAUGGGAUCUACCUGCUAGCCUCUCAGCCUGUGGAUAAGUGUCAAUCACAGGAUGGGGCGGAGUCAGCGCUGCAAGAUAUUGAACGUUACCUGGAAACAGCCAAUCAGCACAAACUGACAGAUUUGAGUGGAAUUUGGAGGGACUAUGAGUCAGUGCUCACACAAGACUUCAAGGAACAGGUGGACAAAGUGUUUCAGAAGCAGCUGUCCAUGCAGGAAAUGUUUGAGAAGAGGAGGGUCAGUCUGAAGAAGUUAGCAGCCAAACAGACACGACCCGUGCAGCCCGUCGCCCCACGUCCUGAGGCCAUCAUCAUACCACCCAUCUCUUCUCCAGCUCAUAGGGAGAAGACAAUAGAGGGUGAUAUCAUCAAUGGAAACUGCAGAAAAGGAGAGAUACACUUACAGAAUGAUGGCAGCAGACACCCGUCUGUCUCUGAUGAAGAGGAGAACUUUGCUGUGCUUAGACGGCAUGUGAUGAACGAGCUGCUGGAGACCGAGCGAGCGUAUGUGGAGGAGCUGCUGUGUGUGCUGGAGGGUUAUGGAGCAGAAAUGGACAAUCCUGCCAUGGCUCAUCUCAUCCCCAAUACACUGCUUCACAAGAAGGACAUCCUCUUUGGCAACAUGCCUGAGAUAUACCAGUUCCACAAGAAGACUUUUCUUCGUGAACUGGAGGCGUACAGCGACUAUCCUGAGCUUGUGGGCCGGUGUUUCUUAGAGAGAAUGACGGAUCUGCAGAUCUAUGAGAAGUACUGUCAGAACAAGCCUCGGUCAGAGAGUGGAGAGAUACACUUACAGAAUGAUGGCAGCAGACACCCGUCUGUCUCUGAUGAAGAGGAGAACUUUGCUGUGCUUAGACGGCAUGUGAUGAACGAGCUGCUGGAGACCGAGCGAGCGUAUGUGGAGGAGCUGCUGUGUGUGCUGGAGGGUUAUGGAGCAGAAAUGGACAAUCCUGCCAUGGCUCAUCUCAUCCCCAAUACACUGCUUCACAAGAAGGACAUCCUCUUUGGCAACAUGCCUGAGAUAUACCAGUUCCACAAGAAGACUUUUCUUCGUGAACUGGAGGCGUACAGCGACUAUCCUGAGCUUGUGGGCCGGUGUUUCUUAGAGAGAAUGACGGAUCUGCAGAUCUAUGAGAAGUACUGUCAGAACAAGCCUCGCUCCGAGUCUCUAUGGAGACAGUGCUCUGACUGCGCUUUCUUCCAGGAGUGUCAAAAGAAACUGGAACAUAAGCUUGGUUUGGACUCAUACCUACUCAAACCUGUGCAGAGAAUAACCAAAUACCAGCUCUUACUGAAGGAACUGCUGAAGUACAGUAAAGGCUGUGAGGGUGAGGAUGACCUGCAGAAGGCGCUCUCAUCUAUUCUAGGCAUCCUGAAAGCUGUGAAUGACUCCAUGCACCUUAUCGCCAUCACUGGAUAUGAAGGCAACCUCAGUGAUCUGGGCCGUCUGAUGAUGCAGGGGUCGUUCAGCGUGUGGACGGAGCAUAAGAAGGGUCACGUGAAGGUGAAAGACCUGGCUCGCUUCAAGCCAAUGCAGAGACACCUGUUUCUACAUGAGAAAGCUAUGCUCUUCUGUAAGAAACGAGAGGAGAACGGAGAGGGUUAUGAGAAAGCUCCUUCAUACAGCUUCAAACACUCACUUAGUAUGAGUGCUGUAGGUAUUACUGAAAACGCAAAAGGAGACAACAAAAAGUUUGAGAUCUGGUGUAAUUCUCGAGAGGAGGUGUAUAUUGUACAGGCGUCGACACCAGAGAUCAAAACGGCAUGGGUGAAUGAGAUCCGGAAGGUUCUAACUGGACAACUAAAGGCCUACAGAGAGGCGAGCCAGCAGAAGAGCUCAGAUCAGUUAACUCCCACCAGCACCAGCCUAACCCUGAGCCCCUUCAAGACCAACCCAAAGACCCUCAAGAAAGGAGAAGAGAAGAAAACUGAACCGACAGCAGCAGAUUCCAGUACAGCCACCUUACUUAAAAAUAAUGACAAGGUCAAAGGCUUCUCCAAGGCAUCGCUGUCUGUGGAUGCGUCUGAGGAGAACGACGGUUACUCAAGUGCCGAGGAUCCCAUGAACUCUGAUCCUGAGGAUGAGGGAGGGAGAAAACUGUCUCCAGGCAGGUACGUGGUCGUUGCUGACCAUGACAAAAGCGGACCACAGGAGCUGACGGUUAAGAGUGGAGACACAGUGCAGCUGGUGAGAGAGGGAGACGAUGGAUGCUGGUUUGUACGUAAUCUGCGGACCAAUAAGGAGGGCUGGAUCCCUGCUGCAAACCUGCUCACUCUCAUCGGAGAAUCCAAAUCUUCUCAAUCUCUCUCCAGCUCAGAAGGCAGUGGAUCUGGAAACCUCAGCACGUCCUCCAGCUGCAGUGAAACCUACACAAGCUUCUCAGACAUCAAAGCCUGAAGCCGCUGCUCCACCGCCUUGUGGCAGCUCCUACACAGUGCACUUUCUACUGAAGCUCCUUGAGUCUUUGUACUGUAUUUAACCUCAUCAGCCGAGAAAGGAAUUGACCUCUGCAGUCAAUAUGCACUAUUCAGGAUAUAUUUUAUAUAGAGCGUCACACUUUCUCAACCUUCUCUCCUUCAUAAGAGAGAGAGAAAACGUGUCUUCUGUUCCCCUUUCAAAUAUUACUUUACUUUGAAAGUAUCAGUGUGAUGCUGUUUGUUUCACAUCUGCAUGCAUUUCCUCAAGGAUUAAAAGCGAAAAGGGCUCUUGGUCGAGUCGGCAUUGACAUCAGAGCAGCCUGCGGUUUUAAAAGUCUUUAAAUAUACAUAAAAAGGACUCUCAUUGAACUUUAAUGUACGACCACAUGAGCUUCCACUGGUUUUAUUGAUCUUGCAUUGAGAAUAUCAGUGUCUUUUUGGAAUGUCUGACUUUGUUGGCGUCUGAAGCUUCUGUCUGAUUUGCUGUAGCAGCAAGACAAUGAAAUUGUUUUAUAGGAUAAAGAUUCUUGAGGUUAUGCCCGGUGAAAAGUCCUGUUAUUCACUAUGUAUUAAUCUAAAACGGCUGUAUAGUUUAAAUUAUUUCCUGUAAAAGAAGAUUUGUACAGAUAUUAACUUUUAUCUCAUGUUUUUCAUUAAAACAGUAUAAAUAUAUAUAUAUAUAUACAUAUUGUAUAUUAUGACCACUAUUGUUGUCAUGAAAAUUAAAUGAAAUGUAUUUCAUUGUAUUUUGUUGUAUUUGUGACUUCUGCACCAUUUGUGUACAAUUAUUAUAAUUUUCCAGUAACAACAUACCAAUUGUGUUCGCAUUUUAUGUAAUUUAUUUUGUCACCACAGAUUGUUUAACUUGGUUCUUUCAAAAUGUAAUGUCUGGAAAGCGAUAAUUGGCAUGUAGUAACCAUCAUUCAGCUUUUGUAAGACUUAUUUUAAUGGUCAGAACCUUUUGUCAAAUAAGUAUUUCUUGAUAAAGCUUGACAGUUAAUCUAUAUCAAUAUUCCUCAAAUCAGCUGAUUUAUUCAAGGAAUGAACUACCAUAAUUUCUGCCAUUUUUGAUGACCACAGCUUUUCUGUGCUCAAAUGUUUUGUCCCCAUAACUGUACUCUGUCUUUUUAACAUGUUCAGCAAUACAAAAAGUCAUUGUUAUUUUGUUUAAAUUUUAAAUGGCACAUUGCUGCAUGUUAGUCUUAUCUCUCUGUAUUUUCAUUUGAAAUUAAAAUAUUUUCCUGUAUUAGACUCGUAUCUGUGUAUAUGUGUAAAUAUGUAUCUAAGAGGAUGUAUGAGAUGAAUGAAUUUAAAGUGCUUGGGCUUAAAUAAACUUCACUG